GGAGAGAAACCUGCACAGUGACACAACUACAGAGUAAAGAGGAGGCGGCGGAUGAGUGAGAGGAAAACAAAGGACAAAUAAAAAAGAGCGCGGGGGAACAGGAGAGAGACGGGAAAGUCGCCGGUUGUUGUUUUGGUUUUUUUUUUCUUCCGCCAGAACCGAUGUCCGAGGCCCGCCGGGUGCCAGCGGAAGAGAGGAGACCGAGGCAGAGCGCCUAGGAGCGGCCGCUGGAGUGGAACGCUUCGGAGGGGGAGGGAGGGUGGGUGGGGGGCCAGGGGGGGCACCGCUGGAGCUCUUCUCUGUGCACCGAGAUGAUGGAUUCCCCCACGGACCUUUUUGAUGACUCUGCUCCCCAGAUGCACGCUUUCGCUGCCACUCACAGCUCCACUGAUCUCCCUGGAGUUCAUCCUCAGCCCAUUGCCGGUCGCCCUCCACCCGCAUUCAGGCCUCCCGGAUUCCCCCUCAUCCACCACCUCCUCCAGCCAGGUGGAGCCCCCAGGAGGAUUGGAGGUCAACUCAACACCAACCCGAGCACACACAGACACCUGCAAGACCGAGACAUGGAGGAGGACGGAGGGGAGAGGGAGAGACGGGCGGAGCAAGGGGUGGAAGGAGGAGAGGACGGGGCGACGGAGGGAGGAGACAGAUCGCCGGGGGUCAAGAAGAGGCACGGCGACGCCGCCCUCGUCGCCGAGUGGAGUCAGGACCUCUUGAAGGUGAAGAGGAUGAAGCUGGAGAGCCGACCAAGAGAUGGAGGGGCCGAGGUGGGAGGCAGGGGGCGCGAGGGGGGGAAGGAGGGGAAGAGGAGAGAGAGGGAGGAGCUGAAGGAACAGCUGGAGGAGGCGAGAGAGAGACUGCAGGCCCUGCAGGAGAAGGUGUGGAGGGCUUUUGGGGAGAAGCACCUUGAGGAGGAGGAGGAGGAGGAGAAGGAGAUGAGGUGCAGGAACGGAAGAGGAGGAGACGGAGAAGACGGCGGUCUGAUGGAGGAGGAGGACAUCACAGAAGGGAUGUAUGAUGAAGAGGACAUCGAUGGCGGAGAGAUGGAAAAGGAAACUUUCUCACUCCUCUCUGUCUCCCCCUUCGACAACUUCCACAAGCAGAGGGAGGAGACCCCAAAAGACAGCGUGGGGAGGAUAGAGAGAGGAAGAGGAGGAGGCCUGCACCUGGAGGGCGUGAUGGAGGGGGCGGGGUUGUGGCUGGACUGCGGUGGGCUGGUGAGGGGGGAUUGGCAGGGAGGGAUCGAAGACGAGGGCGAGGAGGGAGGCCAGAAGUUCGCCCAGGCGCUGAAGGUGGAGCUGGGCAGCGCCGUGGCCCGAGUCAUAGACCGGGUCCUCCGCCUCUACACCGAGAUGACGGACGCCGCCCCCUCCUCUCCUCCGGCCGCCAUCUCCUUCCUCCCGUCCGAAGGCGGCAACGACGGCGGGAGGGAGAGGGAAGCGUGGAUGGGACUUUUAACAAGUGGCCGAGGGGAGGAUAAGGUGAGAGAUGAGGAGGGGAAGGCGGGGGGGAGGCAGGAUGGAGGAAGAGAGAAGCCCGUCCAGAGGAGGAGCAACGGGGGCGUCCCGCCUCCGGGGCCGCCACGCCCCGCCGAACCCUCGGAUCUGUCCAUGCCUUCGGCGGCCCAAAGGUCACAUGACAUGCGAAAAGCCCAACCGCUCCUCGGCCCGCCCCUCCCUGCUCACCUGAACCCCUCCCACCCGAACCUCUCCCACCAGCACCCGUCUCUACCUCGCCCGCCUCCGCUGUCUCACCCCACCCUCCUGCCCCCGGCUUCGCAGCCCAAGGACCUCUCCUUCCACCCGUCCUCCUCGUCCUCGUCCUCUUCGUCCUCUUCCUUCCCCGCGCCCCCCCCUCCACCGCCCCCGCCUCCUCCGCCGCUGCCCCUCCCCCUCCUCCACUACUCCAUGCAGCAGCUCUUCUCCCGCUCGUUUCACCACGCCCAGCUGCCCCACCUUCAUCCGUCCCGCAAGGACUACCUGAACUCCGACCCCUUCCUGGAGUUCUCGGCUCACCCGUCAUCUCACCCGUCUUUCCCGCCGCUCCCCCUGCUCGGCCACCUCGACCCCUCCCUCGCGCGCCACGCUCACGGGGGCAGAGACAGGGGGAUGAGGGGAGACGGAGGGAUGAGAGGAGGAGGGGGGAUGGACGGAGGAGAGCUCUACCUGACCGCUGGGGGAGUUUACACCCAGGAGGGCUUGUCUCCCUGCCAUCUGAAGAAGGCCAAGCUCAUGUUCUUCUACGCGCGCUACCCCAGCUCCAACACGCUCAAGACUUACUUCCCCGACGUCAAGUUUAACCGCUGUGUGACCUCCCAGAUGAUUAAAUGGUUCAGCAACUUCAGAGAGUUCUUCUACAUCCAGAUGGAGCGCUUCGCCCGCCAGGCGGUCCGCGAGGCUCUGACCCGGGAGGGCGCACCUCGUCUGGGGAGGGAGAGUCACCUACGAGUGGGCCGUGAUACGGAGCUUUACCGCAUUCUCAACAUGCACUACAACAAAAGCAACGUCUACCAGGUGCCGGAGAGGUUUAUCGAGGUAUCGGACGUUGCUCUGAGGGAGUUUUACUCGGCCAUUUGGACGGGGAGAGACAGCGACCCCUGCUGGAAGAAAGGGAUUUACAAGAUCAUCUGUAAGCUCGACAGCCCUGUUCCAGAUGCCUUUAGGCUGCCCGGUUGUCCGGUUGGCUGACAAUGAAAGCGCUUUCAUCCGGCACACAUGCAUGCACAAACAAAUAACUCACUGAAAGAAGGGGAUUUUAUUCGAUUCCAGUGAGACCUGCUAUUAGCAAAUCCACUAAAUUCCACUAUUCAGCACGUUUGUAAUUCUUUGAUUAACAAAAAAAAAAGAGAAUUUCAAAUCCAUUUUAUUUCACAUGGUGUGCAGGGAAAGACACGCAUGCUUAAUAGGGCACACAUUAUGCAGUGAUGAAAGUCUUGUGACUGCAUUUAUUGAGGAACGUGACUGUAGCAUUGAAUUAAAACAGGAAUUCCAUCUGCUAACAUUUUUACCAGUCCACCGACUAGUGAAAUCUACGUGCUGCUACACGGCUUUGAUAAAACAGUCAUGAAAAACCGAGUCGCUGCAGCCACAGAGAUAGGAAAGUGGAUUGAUUGAUUUCAGUAACACUGGCAUGGAAAUAUGCGCAUUCCUGCGUGUUACAGUGGGAUGGCUACACAUCGGUCAUUGACAUAAAAAUAUAAGAUGCAUUCCCUUGUUCACAAAAAAAAGAAGCCAUUCUAUCCAUCCGCUCGGUAAUCAAAUUUACCGCAAGCAUGGGCACUGCACAAACACAUCAUUUACUAUGAUAUUAUAUGAAUAUUUUCAGAGCAAGAGCCCACACGGCGCUUUAAUACAUUUCCCCUGGUUGUGAGGAUGCGCCUGUAUCUCUCUCUCUCUCUCUCUCUCUCUCUCUCUCUCUCUCUCUCUCUCUCUCUCUCCUUUCCUCACCAACAGAAAGCUGUCAUGUUUGCAUUAAUCCAAAGUUUUUUUUUUUUUUAUCCACUUAAGAAUUCAGGCUGGGAAGUCUUGAAAGAAAAUGUGAGGACCAAUCGUAAUUAAUGUUGAUUAUAUGUUGUAACUUUUUGGGUUGAUUGUGAUAUUUUAAAAACAUGAAGUUGCCCUUGUUUUAGGCCAAAUGGAGUACUGUCUGCCUGUAUGUCCAUCUCUUGGUCCAAUAUUUAAUUGUUACCCAACUUUUGUACAUGAUGGCACAAUGUAAUUAAGAUUCUGCCAAGAGGGACAAUAUACGGAAUUUAAAAUAGUAAAUUGAAUGUUUUGUUGUUUCCUUAUUAUACGUAUUGUUGUUGUUGAAAUAUCCUGUUUUAAACUAAAUAAGCCGGCUGUACAGUUAGUAUAUAUCAACAUUCGUUUCCCAAAGAUAUUUCUGUAACUUUCACACUAUCUACUGUACAUCAUGACUCUUACUGGGAGAGGAAACUUCUGUUUCCCCUCAUAAAAAAAAAUGUCAAUGACCGCUCCUCUGGCUUAAUCACGCCUCUGAGACUGAGCCCAUACGUGUAAACUAAUUGUGUUUUCAAGUGCAUGUUUCCUAUAUUUGCGUUACACGUAUUGUAAUCCCUUUUUUCUCGUUGCUUUCAUAGGUGUCUCUUUUAUAUUGUACAUAUUUAGAUCUGUGCCUCAUGCAGACUUGCAUGUGAUUUUUUUUGUGUUUGUAUUUAUCAGUGAAUUAAAGUGAUACCAGGC